UCAGCCCUGAAUCUGUCAGACGGUUAGACGAGAUGGUCGUUGUAGGGCCCUUCCAUCUGAAACAGUCUGUUCUGUUACUGAAAGGAAUAACAGGAGCAAGCAGUUUUCCAGGUUAGGUUAACCGAAAACCAGCUGUGAUGCCUUCUGCAAAAUUUUCUAUGAAACCACCAUCGCCUUGCCUCAGGACUCUGCUGGAGCAGGUACUCUUGUUGGCCAUGUGAUGAUUGGAGUUUCCGAUCUGAAAGUGAAGUCCUGUGGAAACUUAGAGAAAACAUAAAGAAUGGCUCUAACACAAUGCUGACUGUUAAAAUCUGGGUCUUACAGGGAUCAAUACAGAAGCAGGAGAUAAGGAGUCACACCUGGGAGGGGGGUUGCAGUGGGGAAAAAGUGGGGAUUAUUACAGACCCCUCGGUAAAGGCAAAGCCACGCUUUUGAAAGCUGGAAAAAAAGAGAGUGAUUUCAGCCUUUGUGGUUGCUGGAGGUAGGUGUUCUACUGCCAAAGUGGCUGUUGGUUGUACUAAACUGAAAUACCGUUUCCCUUUUGCUGUGAGAGGGUUUGCAGGUGAGGUGUUCAUAGGCUGUACCACCUCGCUUGUUGUCUGCCCAGGUGAUAACGACUUGUGCUGUUCUGUAAACACCAUGACUCCUUCGUUCUGUGCUCUCUCAGAUGUGCAGGCUGCUUGUCAGGAUGCCACUGUCACCCAGGAGCUUCUGAAAGAGGGCUUCCACAGGGACCUGCUGGUGAAGGUGGAACUCGGCGCAGUGGGGGAGGAGGCACAAGGAUGUGCAGUGGCAGCUAGGAUUCAUCUUCCACCAGGAAUCUAUGUGGAUCCCGACGAGCUGGCAUCGCUGCAGCAGCACAAUUUAACAAAGGCAGUGUUAAUUCCUGAGGUUGUUGAUGUGGAGGCUCCCGAGUACUUAGCCACAGAUCUUCUUGUUCUCCUGUAUUUGGAACCCGACCCUCGGUGUUCUCGCUGUUUUAGAGCUGCCUUGCCUGUGCACGGGCGGUACCACCGGCCAGCAGAGGAGAGUGAGGAAGCGUUGGUCAUUCUGAAGAGCCCAGAAGUACUGGUCUGCUGCUGUGAUGAUCGCCUGUCAGCAGAGUGUCGGAAGCCUGCUGAAGUGGAAGCUCCCUGUUCAGGUGGAAAUGUCAGUCCCUGUCAGUGGUACAGCAUAACGCACAAACCUGCCAGCGAGGAAUUGAUUCUGCAGAUUCCAGUGGGGCUCAGGCAACAUAGUUCCUUCGUGUGUGCUGUGACUCUUCUUGCUACGGUGCUCUGUUCCAGCCUGAUUCUUGCAGCCGUAUGCAGAUACGGACACUUCUCCCCGGUGACCUGCUUGGAAUAAAGAAAUACAGAAUGACUGACCUGCGUCCAGCAAAACUCAUGGAAUGUUACAUCAGCUUCCUAAAUGAAUCCUGCUCUACUGUUAUUUAUAUCUUGCUAAUGUGGGAGGGUCCCACACUGGUUAGAUUUUCCUUGGCCUAAUCCUUACAAACACCUUUCACGCACAAAGGACUGUUUUGGUGCAUUGUCAAUGGACAAAGCAGGUGGAGGGUAGGAAUAGCACUGCAAAAAGCUGGAAGGACUGCCACAGUCUUGGUUCCAAAUCCCUCCCCCUGGCCUGGAGCCUGCUUCGGCUACAGUGCUGCCUCUUACAAGGGUGUUUGUGUUUCUUGAAUUUAAACCAGCUGACUCAGGGAUUGGUUAUUAAGGGUAUGGAAAGCAUUAUCUGUCAUUAAAGUUUCUGAAUUUUCAGCUUGUGUACACUGUCCAGAUGGGUUACAUGUUAGUUUGGGAAGAGACCACCUGUGCUUACCUGGGACAGCAGGCGUCUUAAAUAAUCUCUCCUAUUCUGUUAACUGGGAGGGAUUAACUGCUCUUGGUCUAAUUAGUCAGCGUUGAAAGAGUUUAGAAAAUUUGAAAGAAAUUUCACCCUUUUUCAGAAGCAGAAAGAGUAACCCUUGGAAGGCAAGAGCUGGGGAAAAGAUACUAACUAGAAGCAAAUAUUUAGAAGACUUGCAUUCAGCUGUCAGAACAGUUGAUAAAUAGAAGGAAGUGGAGAGGAAGUUACUUAAUGGAAAACCUGAGUGGUCCUGGAUUGACAGAAGAGCUCAGCUGCUGUUUCUAAUUGUCAGUAGGUGGCAUUGUGAGCUUAUGGUAACUCCUGUGGACUGUUGGUGGAGAAAAUAUGAUUUUAUUCCCUAUGAGCUGAGAGUUAAGUUAGUAAAACCAGGUGAUUUUGGGGAGUGCAUGUGUGAGGGGG